AUGCAGACUGCGGUCAUCUCCUCAGGGCCAAAAAGGAGUCGGGAAGAGGAAAAGAGGAGGGUGAAACGGUUUUGGGGAAAAGCAAGUGGCUCCCCAGGAGGCGGGGUAGGUGGGCAACUGCCCACUCCCUCUCCACCACCCCUCCUUUCUCAAUCCACUCUCACCUGCCCCCGGUGGCCUUAGAGUUUGUAGCUCCUCUAGCCCAGUCUUUUAAGAGUCCGCUCUUUCCCCAGACUCGUAGGGCAGCGUGCCCCAGGGCAGAGCUGGCCAGUAGAGAGGCCGAGGCGAAGCACCCGCCAGACCCGCACUGCAGCAGCUGUUCCCUCCAUGUGACAGGCCCGGGACGUUGUCCUGCCGCCUGAGAAAAAGUCACAAGGCUGAGUGUCGGCGGCCACCCCGGUGGCUACCGUAGUCCGGGCGCAUCUCUCUGCUUUCUUUCCUGCCUCCCCCACUUGGAGCCUCCGCUACCCCGAGCCCUUCAGAUUACAAAGAGGAAGCGCGAGCUCAGUACAGACACCACCUCCUCUCCCUCCAUCUCCCCCUCCCCUCUCCCCCCUCCUUCUUCCUCCGCCUCCCUAGGGCCCCCGCCCGGCGGCUGCCACCGCUUCGCAGACGGGUGCCUGUUGCUGCGGCUGCUGCUGCUGCCGCCGCCGCCGCCGCCGCCGCUGGGGGGAAUUGAUUGCAUCGUAAGAGGAGCAGGAGGACGCAGAGGGGCCCCCUCGGGUCCCUCUGCGCAGAGAGCAGAGCGGAGCCUGCCCCGCAGGAUGGACAGAAAGCCCGAGCCCGCCUCUCCUCCCUCCUCGCUUGGAGCUGGUCCACGGAGGCUGUCGCGGGGAACCUGCCCCGCUCUGGUCCUGCUCCUCUCUCUGAGCCGCGCGGGCGAAGGCAGCAGGGUUCUUGGUCAGAAGUAAAAGUUUUUUAAAAAAACAAAAGAAAAAAGAAAAGAUUGCUUCAUCUGGAGUAAAAAAACCAAAAAACCAAUAGUGACUGCUCGGUUUCCAAGACCUUUUCUAAGAUGGAACCCAUAACAUUUACAGCCAAGAAACAUGCAUUUCCUAGUGAGAUCUCAGUGGACUUCAGCCUUCAACUAGUGGGCUCUUUGCCCGUCCAUUAUCUGACCACCAUGCCCAUGUUACCUUGGGUGGUAGCAGAGGUUCGAAGACUCAGUACACAGUCCUCCAAAAAAGAGCAUGUUGUCAAUCAAAUCCGACUCUGUGUUUCUCCUGCCUACCUGAAGUGUGAACCUGACUCAGGGAAGAGUCAACAGUGGGAUCCACUGAUCUGUUCCAGCAUUUUUGAAUAUAAGCCCCAGCAGGUCCACAAACUGAUCCAUAAUAGCCAAGAUCCAAGUUACUUUGCUUGUCUGAUUAAGGAAGAUACAACAAGCCAGCAGAGUAUUUGCUAUGUUUUCAAGGCUGAUGAUCAAACUAAAGUGCCUGAGAUCAUUAGCUCUAUUAGACAAGCUGGGAAGAUUGCUCGCCAGGAGGAAUUUCAUUCUCAAUCUGAAUUUGACGACACUUUUGCCAAGAAGUUUGAAGUACUCUUCUGUGGACGAGUGACUGUGGCUCACAAAAAGGCCCCACCGGCGCUGAUCGAUGAAUGUAUUGAGAAAUUUAAUCAUGUUAGCUGCAGCAGAAAAGCCGAGUUGGACAUGCUGGCCCAGAAUUCUGAAGCUAUAAGUACUGUGGGAGGGUUUUCCUUAACAGAUAAGUUCCGAUCCGUCUUCCAGCCAGGAGGCAAUGCAGAACAGGACAGAAAGCCAAUCAGGAAAUCUUUCUCUCAACCUGGACUGCGUUCCUUGGCUUUUAAGAAGGAGUUUCAAGAUGCAGGCUACAGAAGUAGUAGUUUUUUUGGUGGCUCCUUUGAAGAAAAUGACAUUCAGAGCCAUCUGAUCAGUGGACACAAUAUCGUCCAGCCAACAGACAUAGAGGAGAAUAGGACUAUGUUAUUCACGAUUGGCCAGUCGGAAGUUUACCUCAUCAGUCCUGACACCAAAAAAAUAGCAUUGGAGAAGAACUUUAAGGAGAUUUCUUUUUGCUCUCAGGGAAUUCGACAUGUGGAUCACUUUGGGUUUAUCUGCAGAGAGUCUUCAGAGAAUGGAGGUUUUCAUUUUGUUUGCUACGUUUUUCAGUGCACAAAUGAAGCCUUGGUUGAUGAAAUUAUGAUGACUCUGAAACAGGCUUUCACUGUUGCAGCCGUGCAGCAGCAGACCUCCAGAGUUCCAAUUCAGCAGUGUGAAGGAUGCCCCAUGCAAUGCCUCCACAAGCUCUGUGAGAGAAUAGAAGGAAUGUCUUCUUCCAAAACUAAGCUGGAGCUCCAGAAGCACCUCACAACACUAAAUAAUCAAGAACAAGCAACUAUUUUUGAGGAGGUUCAGAAAAUAAGGCCCAGAAAUGAGCAAAAGGAGAAUGAACUGAUUAUUUCUUUCCUGAGAUGUUUAUAUGAAGAAAAGCAAAAAGACCACGUUCAUAUUGGGGACUCAAAGCAGGCAUCACAGAUUUCAGCAGAGAGUAUUCGAAAUGAAUUACCAACCAGUGCUCCUCGGUUCAGGCUUGAUAUGCUGAAAAGUAAAGCAAAGAGAUCAUUGACAGAAUCUCUAGAAAGCAUAUUGUCCCGGGGGAGUAAAGGCAAAGGGUUGCCAGAACAAUCUGGGAGUGUGGAUCUGGACAGCUCCAUGUCAAGCACAUUAAGUAACACCAGUAAAGAGUUGUCGAUGGGGGAAAAGGAGCCGCCAGCCCUCCCAGAAGGUUCUUGCCAGCCCCUGGGGUCCUCGGACGACCUCUCCAGCGCCUCGGAGAGCCCCCUGCCCGAGGAGGCCGCCCCGCCAUCCCCGCGGCAGGAGUUCAGGAGGCGAGCGAACACGCUGAGCCACUACCCUGUGGAAGGCCAGAAGUCCCCGGAGCCCCCCGAGGCGUCGCCCGGCCUUCCGCAAAGGAAACUUAUGAGGUAUCACUCAGUGAGCACAGAGACUCCUCAUGAGCGAAACUUGAACCCACCUGUUGAUGAGUCUAAAAGUCGCUCAGGUCAGUCUUCGACUCCUGCUCUCCCACCUCAUCGUCUUAAUCCCUCAGCCUCCUCACCAAAUUUUUUUAAAUACCUAAAACAUAAUUCAAGUGGAGAACAAGGUGGGAAUGCUGUGCCAAAGAGCAUCUCCUAUCGUAGUGCCCUGCGGAAAAAACUUCAUUCUUCUUCCUCUGUGCCAAAUUUUCUAAAAUUUUUGGCUCCUGUAGAUGAAAAUAACACCUCUGACUUUAGGAACACAAAAAGGGACUUUGAAUCGAAAACACACCACCACGAUAGUAACAAUGAGAGCCCUUUGAAGACUCGCCGGCAUUCAUGGAGGCAACAGAUCUUCCUUCGGGUGGCAACUCCACAGAAAGGGUGUGAUUCUCCUAGUAGAUAUGAAGAUUAUUCAGAUCUGGGAGAUCUUCCCCCACGUUCUCCAUUGGAGCCAGUGUGUGAAGAUGGUCCCUUUGGCCCUGUGAUAGAGGAGAAGAAACGAACAUCCCGAGAACUCCGGGAGCUAUGGAAGAAGGCAAUUCUCCAGCAGAUUCUGCUGCUCAGGAUGGAGAAGGAGAAUCAGAAACUGCAAGCUUCUGAAAAUGAUUUGCUAAAUAAACGCCUGAAGCUUGAUUAUGAAGAAAUCACUCCCUGUCUUAAAGAUGUAACUUCAGUAUGGGAAAAAAUGUUAAGUACACCAGGAAGGUCAAAGAUUAAGUUUGACAUGGAAAAAAUGCACUCUGCUGUUGGGCAAGGAGUACCUCGUCAUCACCGCGGUGAAAUAUGGAAAUUCUUAGCAGAGCAGUAUCACCUGAAACACCCGUUUCCCAGUAAACAGCAGCCAAAGGACACUCCAUAUAAAGAACUCCUGAAACAGUUAACCUCCCACCAGCAUGCAAUUCUUAUUGACCUGGAUAUGAUCUUUCUUCAAGGAUCAGAGGUCAUAUUUAAAGUGGCUUUAAGUCUGCUAGGAAGCCAUAAACCCUUGAUUCUACAACAUGAAAAUUUAGAAACCAUAGUAGAUUUUAUUAAAAAUACACUACCAAAUCUGGGCUUGGUGCAAAUGGAAAAGACCAUAAAUCAGGUGUUUGAGAUGGACAUCUCCAAGCAGUUACAAGCUUAUGAAGUUGAAUACCAUGUGCUUCAGGAUGAACUCAUUGAUUCAUCACCACUCAGUGACAACCAAAGAAUGGAUAAAUUAGAAAAGACCAAUAGCAGCUUGCGGAAACAGAACCUUGACCUCUUGGAAGAAUUGCAGGUGGCCAACGGCAAGAUCCAAAGCCUGCAGGGCACCAUCGAGACGCUGUUGGCCAACGAGAACCAACUGAAGCAGACGGCCUUGGCCUUAGAGCUGGAGAGGGCGACCCUUCUGCGCACCGUGGAGGAGCUCCACAAGAGAGCCGCCCAGCUGGGGAACGGAGAGCUGGGGCCGGGCCCGCCGGGCCUCCCCCACGACGCGCCCUGAUGGCGGCGGCCGCCCAGCGAGGCAGGAGGAGGGGGACGGGAAGAGAGAAGCGUGUUUCUCAGGGAGGAACCUCUUGCUUUGGUGAUCACGGGAAGGCUUCUCACCUAAAAUCAAUGCGGUUUUUUAAGAACUGGGGAGGAGGGAGAGACGAGCAGUGAUGCCCCUUUCUUCUUCCUCGGGCCCUAAGUCAUCUCUGUCCCCAUCCACGCCAUUCACUAUACUCUGAAGCUUUAGGUAGACAAGAGCCUUUGAUAUAAAUAAAUGCACUUUUAUGUUA